ACAAAAAAAUGAUAAGAGUACGACGUCGUUUUGCCAUUAUGCUAUGUGGCAUAUCGGUGGCAAUUUUUUUGACCGUAUACUUUAUGAUUAAUUAUGCGGCUCCACAGGAGGACAAAAAGCCUAACUUUAUGGCUUUGGAAGCCCAACAACAUGAAUACAAUAAGCAGGUAUUGCAAAAACCUGACAUGGGCCUUGUAUAUGGUCCGAAAAAUAAAGAUGCCGGUCACAGUGAUGAUGGCAGGCCGAGAUAUGCAGAAAAUACCAUAAACAAAUUAAAUGAAAAUGGUGGGGUGAAAAAUUCGAAAGCGAUGAAAAAGGAAUUGGAUGAUGGCCUCAUUCAGGAUGGAAAAAAUGACGAGGAAAAUAUGAUAGCCAGAGAUGAGACAUGUGAAUUUGAUCCCCAGCAAGUUCCACAACCUGAUAUACAAAUGUUGGAUAUGUAUGGUAAAAUGUCAUUUGAGGACAUAGAUGGUGGAGUUUGGAAACAGGGAUGGAAUAUUAAAUAUGAUCCCAUGCAAUAUAAUGAUCAUCAUAAGUUGAAGGUGUUUGUAGUGCCACAUUCACACAAUGAUCCAGGGUGGAUUAAGACAUUUGAUGAUUACUAUGAUCAUGAAACGAAACACAUACUCUCGAAUGCUCUGCGCCAUCUGCGUGAGAAUCCCGAUAUGAAAUUUAUAUGGGCUGAGAUAUCGUAUUUUUCAAAAUUCUAUGAGGAUUUAGGCGAAAAAAAUAAAUUAGAAGUUAAAAAAUUGGUCCAAAAUGGUCAAUUGGAAUUUGUUUCCGGUGGCUGGGUUAUGCCUGACGAGGCCAAUUCUCAUUGGCAUAAUAUGUUGUUGCAAUUGACAGAGGGCCAACAUUGGCUUAAGAAAUAUCUGAAUGUCACGCCCAUAUCAUCAUGGGCUAUUGACCCGUUUGGCCACAGUCCUUCAAUGCCGUAUAUUUUGAAAAAGUCAGGAUUUGAAAAUGCUUUGAUACAACGCACCCAUUAUUCGGUUAAAAAGGAGUUGGCUUUGAAACGUAAUUUGGAAUUCUAUUGGCGGCAAUUGUGGGAUGACUCGGGAGAAACUGAACUUUUCACCCAUAUGAUGCCAUUCUAUUCAUAUGACAUACCCCACUCAUGUGGACCGGAUCCCAAGAUUUGCUGUCAAUUCGAUUUUAAGCGAGUGCCCGGUUUUGGCCUAAGCUGUCCAUGGCGGGUGCCACCAAAGACUAUUGGAGAUCAUAAUGUGGCAGAAAGAGCCGAACUACUUGUGGAUCAAUGGAAAAAGAAAGCCGAACUAUAUCGCACCAAUGUGUUACUCUUCCCAUUGGGUGAUGAUUUCCGUUAUAGUCAAAGUACUGAAUGGGAAGUUCAGCGUAUGAAUUAUGAAAAUCUCUUUACCCACAUUAAUUCGGAGCGGAAAUAUUUCGUUGAGGCUAAAUUUGGAACAUUGCAAGAAUAUUUUGAUGCGGUGCAUGAAGAGCAAAGGCAGAAGCAAAGAAGUUUUCCAACACUUAGUGGUGAUUUCUUUACCUAUGCUGAUCGUUCAGAUAAUUAUUGGAGUGGUUACUUUACUUCACGUCCAUAUCAUAAACGUAUGGAUAGAGUUUUGACUCAUUACAUACGAAGUGCAGAAAUGCUUAGUUCAUGGAAUAAAUGGGAUGAUGGUGUAAAAUUUGAUGAAAUGUUACAGGAUGCUAGAAGGCAAUUAUCGCUUUUUCAACAUCAUGAUGGUAUUACGGGUACCGCAAAAACGCAUGUUGUUGAAGACUAUGCCCAGCGUAUGUUGAGCGCAGUGAAAAAUUGUAAAUUUGUAAUGCAACAAGCAGUGUAUAAACUGCUGACCAAGAAAUCGAUUUACAAUGCCGAUACCAAUUUCAAUUACUUCCACAUGGAUGACUCCCGUUGGCCGGGACCCGAUGACACCCGUACCACCAUAAUAUUGGGUGAAGAAUUGCCACAAAAACAUUUAGUAUUGCACAAUUCAUUGCCACAGUGGCGUGAAGAAAUUGUUGAUUUCCAUGUGGCUUCACCAUUUGUCAGCGUUGUCGACUCGAAUAAUAAUCCUGUGGAAAUACAAAUUUCACCAGUUUGGACAUGGCAUAAAGAUACCUUCUCGAACACGAUAACACCACAGGCAUCUACUACAAAAUAUCGUUUGAUAUUUAAGGCUAAAGUUGCGCCACUGGGUCUAUCGACAUAUAUUGUAAAGGCUGAAACUCCAGAAUCUAUAAAUAAGAACUACAUAACAUUUGCUUCGAAUCUCAUAUUGACGACAAAUCCAAUUACCACACAAUUGGGUGAUUAUCCAAAAGAAGUGCAGUUUGGUGAACAUCGUGAGGUGUCACUGAAAGUGGGCUCCGGCCCCACUGUGGCAUUUAGUUCAGACGGAAUGAUGAAAUCAAUACAAAUAAAAGAAUCAGAAUCUCAUACCCCGGUAAGGGUACAAUUCUUUAAAUAUGGUACAAGAAUUAAUGGUGAUCGUUCGGGUGCAUAUCUGUUUUUGCCAAAUGGUCCAGCUACACCAAUUGUCAAUAGUCAUACCCCAGUAGUUUUAGUGACAAAAGGUCCACUCGAAUCAAGUGUUUCAGCGGGCUUGACAUUUGGUACCCAUCACACAAUUCUCCGCGAAGGUGAAGCUCCCGAGAUACGUAAUAAUAUUGAUAUUGUCGGUAUGGAUGAUACAGAAGUGGUAAUGCGUUUGCAAACACGUUUACGCAGUGGCGAUACCUUCUAUACCGAUUUAAAUGGUUUACAAAUAAUAAAACGUCAACGAUUUACUAAAAUCCCCUUGCAAGCUAAUUACUAUCCCAUACCAUCGGCUAUUUACAUAGAAGAUGAUAGUCUACGUUUGACGGUGGUAUCUGCCCAACCUUUGGGUGGUUCAUCGCUGGCCCAAGGUGAAGUGGAAAUAAUGCAAGAUCGUCGUUUAACACACGAUGAUGAACGUGGCGUGGGACAAGGUGUAUUGGACAAUCGUCCUGUGUUACAUAUAUUCCGUGUUGUUUUGGAACGUAUUGAAGGUUGUGAAAAACUUGCCGAUAAUCAUCCUGCUGGUGCAUUAACUCUGACCGCCUAUCGUAAUUCGAAGUCGCUAUUAAAUCCAUUUGAUAAAUUUAUUUUUGCUGAAAAUGAUUGGCUAGGUGUUUUGCCAGAAUUUGGUAGCAGUCAUUCGGCUUUGGGUGAUGAUAUGGAAAUUGUUGUAAUGCGAAAUUUAAAUCCUACAAAUUCGGUACCGGCUGUUGCUCGAGAUCGUAAACCGCGUACCACGCUGAAUACUGGCAUUGUUUUGCAUCGUACCAGUUUGAUGCAGUGUUCCGGAUUGGAAAGCAAAAAUGAUGGAGAGUUAAAUUUACAUCAUGCUCUACAAAUGGCCAAUGUAUCAUCGGUGUACAAAACCACAUUGACAUUCCUUAAACGUUUGUCGUCGCAUCAAUACGAUGAGGAAUUAUCUUUGUGCCCCAUGGACACAAUGGCAUUUAUAUUACAAAGACCCAGUUGAUUUGA